AUGGUGAAUCCCAAGGAACAAUGUCAGGCCAUCACUUUGAGAAGUGGUAAGCAAGUUGAACAAUAUGUGCCUCAUUCAUCUGUUAAGAAGAAUGAAGAGUUGGGUGAGACAUCUAGUUCAAAGAGUGAAAAGUUUAUUGAAGACCGUUUUACUACAGAGAAAGCAAUACCAGUUGUUGUUGUUGAUCCCCCAGUUAGAAUCCCAUACCCUCAAAGGCUCAGGAAAAUUUCUCUUGAUAAACAAUUUUCCAAGUUCUUAGAGGUGUUCAAAAAGUUGCACAUCAACAUUCCCUUUGCUGAGGUUGUAGAGCACAUGCCCAGUUAUGUGAAGUUCAUGGAGGAAAUUCUGUCUAAAAAGAGGAAGAUGGAAGACUAUGAGACUGUGGCAUUGACUGAAGAGUGUAGUGCUAUUCUACAAAGGAAGCUUCCCCAAAAGAUGAAAGAUCCAGGGAGCUUCACCAUUUCUUUUACUAUUGGGAAUUUUGACUACAAGCAGGCUUUGUGUGAUUUAGAAGCGAGUAUUAAUCUGAUGCCCUUAUCUGUUUUUCGAAGACUUGGGUUUGGUGAAGCUAGGCCCACAACAGUUACCUUACAGUUGGCAGACCGUUCAGUGAAGCAUCCACGGGGUAUUAUUGAAGAUGUGUUGGUGAAAGUGGAUAAAUUUAUUUUUCCUGCUAACUUCAUAGUUCUUGACAUGGAAGAGGAUAACGAUGUGCCAAUAAUUCUGGGAAGGCCAUUCUUAGCCACUGGGCAGGCGCUUAUUGAUGUUCAGAAGGGUGAGUUGAGACUCAGAGUUUAG